AUGCUGACGGAGACGGUGCAACUGACCGCCAGGCGGAAGAACCACUGGAAGGCAGGUCUGGACGCAAUCCCCGAGGUUGAGGAACCCGACCGGAUGCAUGCCAGGACGGCGGCUCUCGACGAGGAUCUGCGGAAAGUCGUCGUUUUUCAGGAAAAUUACAAUGGUUCUGAGAAGCAGCCGAGCCAGUUUCCAGGAUUCUAUGAUCUCCCUGCAGGCUAUGUUGAAAAUGAGGAGGGAAAUGGCGAGCUUUCCUGGUUCAAUGCUGGAGUGAGGGUUGGUGUGGGUCUUGGACUUGGCAUGUGCAUAGGAGUGGGUAUAGGCGUGGGUCUUCUAAUCAAGACUUACCAGACAACGGCACGGUCGUUUCGUAGAAGCCUUUUUUAG